AACAAAUAAUUAAUUGCAAUGGCAAAGCUCAGUUGAUGGCACAACAUGUAAUUAAGCUACAAAUCUCAGGCCAACUUUGUAUCAAGAUUUCUAUAUCUACUCAGAAACUUUCUAGAGUAAUCAGUAGCUUUAGCUUCUCUCUUGCAGUUUUAAGAGUACUGCCAUUUCCUUGAAAUGGCACAACUUGCCUUUGCUAGGCUUCUUACUACACUUGAGCUUCUUUCUUUGUUGUUUGUUUCUGUUCAGUUUUCAGUUGCUGAAAUUAUUUUUGAAGAAAAAUUUGAUGAUGGGUGGCAAAGUCGUUGGGUUAAAUCCGAUUGGAAGAGAAGUGAAGGAAAGGCUGGUUCCUUCAAACACACAGCUGGGCAGUGGAAUGGAGAUCCAGAUGAUAAAGGUAUUCAGACAAGUGGUGAUGCCAAACAUUUUGCAAUAUCUGCAAAAAUUCCAGAGUUCAGUAACAAGAAUAGAACACUGGUCCUCCAAUAUUCAAUAAGACUUGAGCAGGAUAUUGAGUGUGGUGGUGGUUACAUAAAGCUUCUCUCUGGUUUUGUAAAUCAGAAGAAAUUCGGUGGAGACACCCCAUAUAGUUUAAUGUUCGGACCAGAUAUAUGUGGCACACAAACAAAGAAGUUGCAUGUCAUACUCUCAUACCAGGGCCAAAAUUAUCCAUUAAAGAAGGAAUUGGAAUGUGAAACUGACAAGUUGACUCAUUUCUACACAUUUGUUCUAAGGCCUGAUGCAAGUUAUAGCGUCCUAAUUGAUGGCCGAGAAAGGGAUUCUGGAAGCAUGUAUACAGAUUGGGAUAUUCUACCUCCACGAAAAAUUAGAGAUGUCAAGGCCAAAAAGCCUAAGGACUGGGAUGAUAGGGAGUAUAUUGAUGAUCCUAAUGCCGUCAAACCUGAGGGAUAUGAUAAAAUUCCAAAAGAAAUUCGUGAUGCAAGUGCUAAAGAGCCUGAUGAUUGGGAUGAUGAAGUAAAUGGUAUAUGGAAACCACCAAUGAUUCCAAAUCCUGCAUAUAAAGGACCAUGGAGGCCCAAGAGAAUCAAGAACCCGAAUUACAAGGGGAAAUGGAAGAUUCCUUAUAUUGAUAAUCCAGAGUUUGAAGAUGACCCUGAUCUUUAUGUGCUUAAGCCAAUAAAAUACUUGGGGAUUGAAGUUUGGCAGGUGAAGGCUGGGUCAGUUUUUGACAAUGUUUUGAUAUGUGAUGAUCUUGAAUAUGCCAAAGAAGUGGUCCAGGAAGUAUUUGCCAAUAGGGAGAUAGAAAAGGAAGCAUUUGAGGAAGCAGAAAAAAUCCGAAAAGCUAGAGAGGAAGAGGAAGCUCAAAGAGCUAGAGAAGAAGGUGAAAGGAGGAGAAAAGAAAGAGGAUAUGAUCGUCGCUACCGGGAUAGAUACAGAGACAAAUACAGAAAGCAUUACAUGGACGAUUAUCAUGAUGAGCUAUGAGUGGUUUUCCAUCUUCAUUCUUCUCUCCGGCAGCCGUCCCCAGUGCCUGGAUUACUGAGAUCAACCAGAAAUGCCUAGCAAUGAUGCUUCCUUUUUUGUUUUCUUGAUUGUUGUAGAAUUUUCGGCUGUAACUAUACUGGUGGGAAAAUAUAUUGAAGAAAUAAUAUAUUGCUCUUUUUAUGCAUCAA